CUGGCGGUGGGUUUCUGCCGUCCACACUCACUGACACGGUCGAAUGACCCAACAACCAACACUCACUCUCGGCUGUUGUUUUUCAUCGCCAUCAGCCACUAUCCACUAUCCACCAACGCAACCAUCCUCUAGCUUUUCCCCAUGCACUACCUACUCAUAUCUGGGAGGUUGGUCACCAGACACAAGCAAGCAAGAAUUUCUCCCUGAUAUGCCUAGUCAACUAAAUAUAGCGUGGAAAUGGCAGCAGAUCAGCAACUCUGGUUUGCCACGCGAUUUGCCGGGCACCAGCCCGGGUGGGUCUCUUCGUUGAUAACUUGAUAUUAACCUUCAUUACCGGCUGGGACCAACUGACCCAGGGUCCUCCCCUCUCCACUAUCAACGCCUCUGGGCCGCGUUGGAGGGAGAACAUAAACUCUCUCCCAUCGCCUGCCCAUCGCCUGCCCAUCGCCUGCCUGCCUAUCACUUUCCGUUCGCUUGGGGACGACUG